UGUUUUUAUUUUGCAGACUAUCCAUUACAAACACAUCAUAAUUCAUAGAAUUAUGAAGGGAGAGGACUUCUUCUGGUCAGUCCAGUGGGACGCGUUGUUGUCAGUUUUGUCCCAGCCCGCGCACCAUCGCUUGGCUAACCAAAACAGAAAAUGGCGUCAGCUGAGUCCCAGCCGCGGUUCGGCCAGUCUGUCAAAGGUUUACUAUCCGAUAAAGUGGGCUCCUGCAGCGGGGACGUGAUCGCGCUGACCCGCCAGGUGCUGAAGGGCUCCCGCAGCCAGGAGCUUCUUGGUCAAGCAGCAAGAAAUAUGGUCAUUCAGGAGGACGCCAUCUUGCACUCUGAGGAUAGUCUGAGGAAAAUGUCCAUCAUCACCACACACCUACAGUACCAGCAGGAGGCCAUCCAGAAGAAUGUGGAACACUCUAAAAACCUGCAGGACCAGCUGAGACACCUGCUGAAGUGACCCCGCCGCCUCCUUCACCUCCAGCCUCAGGGUGGGCCGGGGGGGGGCUGUGUGUAACGUUGGGCCACAUGCAUGUGGAUCUGUCAUGUUUGGACUUUAACAGCUGGGACUGUUUUGGGAGUGAUGUGUUGCUCUGGAUCAAACACAAACACUUAAACUGUGUUUAAGGUCUUUCUGCAAAGCAGCAAACAUGGAACAUGUUUUUUUUUUAGUUAUGUAAAAUGUUUGAUCAAUUGUAUUACAUUAAUUUAUUAAAUGCCUUGUCUACA